AACGAACUAAAAAUCUAUUAAAAAUGGAACUCGAAAGGGAGAGGAAGAAAGGCGUCGGAAGCAAGUAACCAUGGUUUCCAAACACACCUGCUCUUCUCUUUUCUAUAUCUCUUCUACGUUUUACCCAUUCCAAAUUCAACCGCUAUCUCCCUUUAUAAACCCAAUUUCAGAACAUUUACACAUUCAAAAUCUCUUCUUUUCUCUCUCAAUUUCAAGUUUCCCAGAUCAAUUUCACAAUCCCAUCAAUAUCUACAACAAUCGAUCGAGCAUCGUACAUCUAUUUCCACUAAGUAAAUUUGGCGAAAAUAAUUGGCGGCAAACGGAAGAAAGUUAGAAGAUGUUGGGCGAGUUGAUUACGAAUAGUCUUGUAUUGGUUCUUGGAUAUGCGUAUCCAGCUUUCGAGUGCUUUAAAACGAUAGAGAAGCAAGGAGUAGGAAAUGCAGAAUUGCGAUUUUGGUGUCAAUAUUGGGUAAUCGUUGCAAUACUCACAGUAUUCGAAAGAGUCGGUGAUAUAUUCAUUUCAUGGGUUCCAAUGUAUGGAGAAUUAAAGCUAGCACUCAUUAUAUACUUAUGGUAUCCAAAAACCAAGGGUACAGGGGUUGUAUAUGAUACAAUGUUGAGGCCAUUUAUAUAUAGACAUGAAACCGAUAUAGAAAGAAGCUUAAAGCAAUUUAGAGACAGAGCAUGGGACGUGGCAAUUUACUAUUGGCAGAAUUCCACAGAAUUAGGUCAAACAAAGUUCUUUGAUAUCUUAGGCUAUUUAAUCUCAAAGCCAUCACCCUCAAGAACACAAUCUCAGGGGUUGCAAAAUCAUCAAGGUUCCGGUGACGGACGUCCGCCGCCGCCGGUUACGCCAAGUCCGGUUUCAUUCGGAUCAGAGCAGUGGGCACCGACUGCUCCUCCGGCGCCAACCACCGUCCACCACCACCAAUACGCGGAGGAACCGCCUUUCCCGUCAUCGCCGAGUACUCAUAUUCAUAGUUCGGGUCAUAAAGAACCAGUUUGGCUAAGAUUUAGACGAUCUAGAGGACUUUGAUUCGUGAAAAGUAGGCAUAAGUCAUAUCUACAGAUUGUAAAGAAACAACAACAACAAAAUUUGUAUUCUAAUUCUUAUUAUUAAUUCGAUUGGUUUAUUGUUUCUACAAA